GGGGCAGUUGCAGCGUUGGUCUGGCGGCGGCAGAGGGGCUGGGAGCAGCGAGAAGGCUCGGUGCCGCUGGAGCAGACGCCGGUUCGGAGUCGGACGCCUGGCGCUGGCGACUUUGGAGGCCUCCCUGUGGACUUUCUCUAGCUAUGAAACCUACAUAGUGGGGUACCACGAUGCUUCUCCUGUUGGCCAUAUGAGGAUGAGGAGAAGCUGGCUUUGGAGCAACUGCUGAGCACUCGGUGCGCCCAGCCUGCCCACUGGAGAGCCCACAACACAAUGAACAAACUGACCUUCCAUAACAACAGAGUCAUGCAGGACCGGCGUAGCGUGUGUAUCUUCCUUCCCAAUGAUGAGUCCCUGAACAUCAUCAUAAACGUUAAAAUUCUCUGUCAUGAGUUGCUGGUCCAGGUGUGUGACCUGCUCAGGUUAAAGGACUGUCACCUCUUUGGUCUCAGUGUUAUACAAAAUAAUGAACACGUAUAUAUGGAGUUGUCACAAAAGCUUUAUAAGUAUUGUCCAAAAGAAUGGAAAAAAGAGGCCAGCAAGGUACGACAAUACGAAGUCACUUGGGGCAUCGACCAGUUCGGGCCUCCCAUGAUCAUCCAUUUCCGGGUGCAGUACUAUGUGGAGAAUGGAAAACUGAUCAGUGACCGCAUAGCGCGGUAUUAUUACUACUGGCACCUGAGGAAACAAGUCCUGCACUCUCAGUGCGUGCUCAGAGAGGAGGCCUACUUCCUGCUGGCGGCCUUCGCGCUCCAGGCUGAUCUCGGGAACUUCAAAAGGAAUAAGCACCGUGAAAAGUACUUUGAGCCGGAGGCUUACUUCCCGGCAUGGGUUGUUUCCAAGAGGGGGAAGGAGUACAUCCUGAAGCACAUUCCGAACAUGCACAAAGACCAGUUUGCACUGACGGCCUCCGAGGCGCAUCUGAAAUACAUCAAAGAGGCCGUCCGACUGGACGACGUUGCCAUCCAUUACUACAGGCUGUACAAGGAUAAAAGGGAAGUUGAAGCUUCACUGGCCCUGGGGUUGACCAUGCGGGGAAUACAGAUUUUUCAGAAUCUAGAAGAAGAGAAACAAUUGCUGUACGAUUUCCCCUGGACGAAUGUCGGGAAGUUGGUAUUUGUGGGCAAGAAGUUUGAGAUUUUGCCCGACGGCCUUCCCUCCGCCAGGAAGCUAGUCUACUAUACAGGGUGUCCCACACGCUCCCGGCAUCUCCUGCAGCUGCUGAGCAAUAGCCACCGCCUCUACAUGAACCUGCAGCCGGUCCUGCGCCACCUCCGCAAGCUGGAGGAGAACGAAGAGAAGAAGCAGUACCGGGAAUCCUACAUCAGUGACACCCUGGACCUUGACAUGGACCAGCUGGAAAAGCGGUCCCGUGCCAGCGGGAGCAGCGCCGGCAGCGCGAAGCAUAAGCGCCUGUCCCGCCACUCCACGGCCAGCCACAGCAGCUCCCACACCUCCGGCAUCGAAGCAGACACUAAGCCCCGGGAUCCCGGGCCAGAAGACAGCUGUUCCGGCAGCGCCAUGCACCGCAAGCUGAAGACCUGCAGCUCCAUGACCAGCCAUGGCAGCUCCCACACUUCAGGAGUGGAGAGCGGCGGCAAAGAGCGUCUGGAAGAGGACUCUCAGGACGAUGAAAUAGAGAUGUUGGUCGAUGACCCCAGGGACCUGGAGCCAAUGACAGAAGAGUCACUGGAAGUCAGCCCCGACGUGUGCAUCUACAUCACAGAGGACAUGCUCCUGUCGAGGAAGCUGAAUGGACACUCGGGGUUAAUUGUGAAAGAAAUCAGCUCUUCCACCUCCAGCUCUUCAGAAACGGUUGUCAAGCUGCGUGGACAGAGCACCGACUCCCUUCCACAGACAAUAUGUCGGAAACCAAAGACUUCCACCGAUCGACACAGCCUGAGCCUUGAUGACAUCAGGCUGUACCAGAAAGACUUCCUGCGCAUCGCAGGUCUGUGUCAGGACACUGCUCAGAGUUACACCUUCGGGUGUGGCCAUGGACUGGAGGAGGACGGUCUCUACUGCAACAGCUGCUUGGCUCGGCAGUGCAUCAACAUCCAAGACACUUUCCCAGUCAAAAGAACCAGCAAAUACUUCUCCCUGGACCUCACUCACGACGAGGUCCCGGAGUUCGUCGUAUAAGCCCCACUGCGGGCAGCCCUGCGGGCAGCUGCUGUCUGCUGAAGGCUGUGGAGUCCGAGGUCCUUCACAUAUUAUUUGUGCCAUAUUUUUUUUCACCCCAAAUUUAGCUCUUUCUUUAUAAUAUCCACUAUGGAAACGAAAGCCUUGGGACAAUGCACUUUAAGUAUUAUGCAGAAGUAAAAGAUACACAGAAUG